CAUUAUUGUCUAGAUCACACUGACCUCGUAAACCAGUUCACAAUGUCUGCAUUGAAGCCCGGAGACUCUUUCCCAACGGAUGUCACCUUUGGAUACAUCCCAUGGACUGAGGAGAAGAAGGAAUUUUGUGCCUGCGGCACCCCUCAGACAUACGAAGCCUCCAAGCUCUGGGCUGACAAGAAGGUCGUCCUCGUUGCCGUCCCAGGUGCUUUCACCCCAACUUGCACUGUCAACCAUCUCCCUGGUUUCAUUGCCAAGCUGUCCGAGUUGAAGGCUAAGGGCGUCGAUAUCGUUGCUUUCAUCGCAUACAACGAUCCCUUCGUCAUGAGUGCCUGGGGAAAGGCCAACAACGUUACUGGUGAUGACAUCCUCUUCCUCAGUGACUCUGGCUCCAAGUUCUCCAAGUCCUUGGGAUGGACCGUUCACGAUGACCGCACUGCCCGUUACGCCAUCGUUAUCGACCACGGCAAGGUCACAUAUGCCGAGAAGGAGGCUUCUCCCCCUGCUCUCUCUGUUUCCAGUGCCGAAGCCGUCCUUGCCAGCUUGUAGGUAAUAGAUCGAUCGCACUAGAGCCCGGGGGGGUGAAUCU